CCUGCCUCUGAAACUGCACAGCAUCACAGCCUUGUGUGCGACUGCCUCCUGAGCCUCAGCCUCCUUCAUCAAACAGGAAACCAACAAUGUCUCACUGCGUCAAAGUGAUGCUUCUUCUGGUCGCCAUGGUCUCCAUAUGCGCAGCUCACUUCCACCAGUCAACAAACAGCUGUCUCUGCACGGACAUCAGACCCAGAAUCACACAACACACUAAAGUCAGUGAAAUCCAAGCCUACGCUGCGACCAAUUUUUGCAAUAACGUGGAAAUAGUUGUGACAGAGAAAAGAGGCAAUCGCUACUGCUUGGAUCCAAAUGCCGAGCAAGUGCAGAAGAUGAUUCAAAACAUGAGGCGCAAGUGAAGCAGCAAUGCCUCAUCGACCUCAAGCAGCCAGUCAGACAGUUCCUGAGGUCAGACUGGGCCAUGUCUGACCCCGAGCACUGGACCCACAUGAGAGGCAGCGCACUUUUACAGUCUACACCCCAGCAACACACCUGCAUGAGCCGCGCUUCACCUUCUCUUUGUUUCUUGUCAAAUAACUUAACGCAAAUAAAUGUUCUUCCUUUUGA